AUGGAGGUAACGUGGGGUGUCAGGGGUAACGUGGGGAACAGAGGAGGUAUGGGUGUAGGUGAUGGAGGCGACGGAGUGGAAGGUGGUGGUGCGGAGAAGGAAGGCGGGAAGCGAGGGAGUGGCGAUGAAGGAGAUAAGGAGAAAAGGGGAGGGGAGGAGAGAAGAGCGGCGGGGGAGGCGGCUGGUGGAAGGGGUAACGUGGGGAACAGAGGAGGUAUGGGUGUAGGUGAUGGAGGCGACGGAGUGGAAGGUGGUGGUGCGGAGAAGGAAGGCGGGAAGCGAGGGAGUGGCGAUGAAGGAGAUAAGGAGAAAAGGGGAGGGGAGGAGAGAAGAGCGGCGGGGGAGGCGGCUGGUGGAAGGUGA